AUGGAUGAUGAAGAAGAUAGUAUAUUUGUAAAAACGCUUCGACGCUAUGAAGAGCUGAAGCAGGAGGCGACGGAGCGGCUGGCAGAGCUGGACCCGAGUCCGGAGGAGCUAUCGCCGAAGCCGGACCGCUGGGUGGAUGACCUGCUCAGUCAGCUGUCGCAGGAGGACGUCGCCGAGGCGCGGCCGGAGCCGGCCCCGGCCGCCGUCGAGCCGGAGUUCACGGCGCGCGUCCAGGCCGGACCGCUGCUGAUCCGGCUCAGGAUGCGACGGUCGGAGGAGCUGCGGCGUCUGUUCGAGGCGGUGGCUGAGCAGCUGUCGCUGCCGGUCGGACGCGUCUACCUCGGCCAGCGGGACGUGGUGUACCGGCCGCAUCAGACACCUGACGACGUCCGGCUGGGCGCAUUCGACGUCAUCGACUUCUGGGAGGGCUCGGGCGCGGCGCCGGACGCCGCGGCGGACGGUCCGCCCGGGCCGAACUCGGUGGAGCUGAAGUUGCAGUCGGCCGACCGUCGCUCGACGCUGCUGCUGCGGCUGGCCCGCACCGAGACGAUGGCGUCGCUGAUGGCGCGGUACGCCGCCCAGCGGGGCAGGCCCCUCGACCGGCUCAGGUUCCGGUUCGACGGCGAGACGCUCAACCCGGCCGACACGGCCGACUCGCUGGAGCUGGAGGGCGGGGAGUGUGUGGACGUGCACGAGUGCUGAGCGGCGGCGGCUGCGGCUCCGCUCCGCGUGCGACCGCAGCGCCACCUGGCAACGCCCGCGGCCGCCGAAUCGCCGUCCUGCUCCACGCCGUCAGCAGUGGCAUCGUCUUCCGUCACCGUCAUCAGCGGCACCAUCAUCCAAUACAGAUGCGGGAAGACUUGUCGCAUCAGUGGCUUGUCCACACCCUCCAUCAUCUCAUUGGGAGGGGCGGGGGAGUAUGGGAGUGCUCGCGUAGUGUCUUUUACGUGUCAUAUUGCUGGAUUGGCGCCCUGUCACAGGCGCGGGGCGGUCCAAAUUUCUGGUGCCUGAAAGUGCG